AUGUCUGUCUCUCGAAAACUCUCCAGCGAGCCUGUCAUUGUGUCAACGACAAACGACGCUUACCCCAAGGAGCUGGGGCUCGACUUGAUCACGAGACGGUUCCUGCUCGAUGAGGAGCCAGAUAUCGAUGUCUACGCACAAAGCUUGAUGCUCAUGAUGAAGGCCCACACGGAGAGGAUAAUGCAGAGCGGUGCAUCAAAUCCAAGUGCGGCCUCGUCGGACUCUUGUUCCAGCUCCAAUAACCUGGCUGACCGAGGAUCGGACCCAGGAGAUACGAAUGACCAAGACAGUAUGAUACAGACAACGCUCCAAGAGCAUGAUCCUGUCGUUUAUAAGGCCCGAGAAUCGGACUCCAAAACAUCGCUUUCGAUGACGAACUCCAAACUUAAAACACCGGUGGUUCGCCGCAACUCGAUUUGA